CCUGUUUCUAUUUUAAGAUAUUAAAAACAUGGCUGGUCAUACUGCUGGUGAUCCAUUGGAAUGUUACAGUAUUCCAUUGGUAUUGAAUAAAGACCCUGAACAAGAUGAGUUAGGUAAUCCUAUAAUGGGAGCUGAUGGCAAACCAAAAUAUAGAUGUGGAUUUAGAAUUGGUGGAGGAAUAGAUCAAGAUAAUUCAAAGAGCCCUCAAGGCUACCCUGACAAGGGUAUAUAUGUCACUUACAUACAUGAAGAAGGACCUGCUGCAAGAUGUGGACUUACGGUCCAUGACAAAAUUUUACAGGUAAAUGGUCAUGACAUGACAGUAGUUACACACCGUAAGGCUGUGGAGUAUAUUCAGAGGAAACCAGUUUUAAAUAUGCUAGUUUACCGUAAAGGUGUUCCAAAUUUACAGAAAAACCAACAGCAACCUCAGUUCCAGGCAUAUAAUCAACAACCAGAUUACCCGAUGCAGUAUCAGUAGUCUGGGUUAUAAUAGGAUCAAAUUUAUUCGUUGUAUUUAAAUUUUUUUAGAUAAUAAUGUUUUCAUCACAGCCAGUAUAGGACUUGCCUUCGUUGAUUUAUUUAAAUCAAACAUAUACAAAUAUUCAAAAUUUUAUGAAUUACUUCAUACUAAAAUAUGUGUUCAGUCACAACCUUGUGAACUUACAAAACAUCCAUCCAAUUCUUAUAACAUUUUAUAUUUUAUAACCAAAAAAUUAGUACUGUGGAUCGUUUAUAAUUUAGUGCAUACCAAUUUCCAUGGGUUUCUUGGGUAUAGAUGAACCAGGAAUUUAGAUGUUUAAUAAAGUAUACAUUUCAUAUAGGCUUGUAAUGCAAACUUCGGCAAAAUAAAGAUAUCAAAUAUCCUCGAAAAUACUUUUUUUCUUCAAAUCACGAAAAUUGGUACUCACGAAAUGAAGUGAAUCCACAGUAGAUAAAUUUGAUAUUUCAUCAUUGAUUUUUUUUUAAAACUAUGGCUUCUGAAAAUUAUUUAUAGCUUUUUUAAAAAUCAAAAGGUUAAACCUUAAGGCUAUAAAUUUUAGAUUGAAUUUCAAACAGUUUACGAAUUUUCUUGUUUAGAGAUUGUGUAACAACAUUCAGUAAUUUAUAUUGGCCUGUAAAAAUUUCCAAACUUAUAAACAGAAAAUAAACAUUGGAACAUGAAACAAAUAUUUGAAUCUCAGUGCAUUUUCAGAUGCAUUAGUUUUCAUUUGUACAUUAGUUAUUUUAUUUGUUAAAAAUAAUAAAGAGGUGCUUCUUGUUAAGAUUUUAUUACAAUGAAUUGUCAUUAGUGUUGAAUUUUGUGUAUCAUAAAAAAUAGAUGUGAAAAUGGAAUCACAUUUUGUUAUGUAUACUGUCUAAUAGAAAUUGUGGUAAUAGAAAGGCAUAGAAAACAUUUUCAUAGUCAUUUAGAGAAAAAGAAAAAAAGAAAGUUUUUCAUACUUGUACAUAAAACUGAAUUUUCUGUUUCAACAAAUUUAAUUACAUUGAAUAAGUAGCAAUACAAAAUCAUAAUGAAUGUAACACAUAGUACAGGAGGGUAUAAGUUAUUCAAAAUUUCAAAGUGAGGCAAAUAUAGAUUGCAUCAAUAUCUACAUAUUAUUUUUUUUUAUAAUUAAAUGAUCAAAACUUCAUUCUUUUCGAUGAUUUUUUAACAAAUUUUGAAAAUUUUUACUUAAAAAAAGGUAGCUUUUUUAAAUUUUAAAUGAUGUAUUUAUAAAACAAACAUAAGAAACCAGAAUCUGAUUUUUUUUUUUUUUUAUUCCUAUCUCAUCAUCUCAAGGCCUUUUUCAUACAGACCUUUUCCUCUUGGUAUUAAAUAUUUUUCAUUGAUUACAUUUGUUUUGUAAUGUACUGUGGAUUCAUUAUAUUUGAAGAGAUACCAAUUUUCUUUGAUUUCAUGGAUAUAGGGAAACUACGAAGUUAAAUGGUUGACGAAGUAUAAAUUGUCUAUAGGUUUAUAUACAAACUUUUGAAAAACCAUGUUUUUAACUAUCCACAAAAAUAUAUUUUUCCUCAAUUCACAAAAAUUGGUACCCUCGAAAACAAAUGAACCCACAGUGUUUGUUGUUUUUAUUCUCAUUUGCAAUGUGGAUGCUGCAUUAUUAGUCAAGUGGUUGUAUUUAUAUAUUUUUAUAGUCUUUUUUUAUUUGGACAUCAAAGUCAAUAUUGUGGAUCUGCAUUGAACACAAUUUAGCAUUUAUUGAAUAUAUGUAAGGUUCCGUUUAUAACGUGCCUAAUCUCCCAAGAAUUUUUCUUUAUAGCUUUUUUUUACAAUAUAUAGAUCAAAGGGUUUGUAAGAUUAGGAAAAUUGAAUGACAGCUUUAUUUCACCACUUGUUUAUGAUCUAAUAAAAAAGAAAUUGUACUUUUUCAAAUUUUUGUUUACUACAUGUACUUAAAAGUUUUUGCUUUGAUAUUAUGAUAGUUUUAAUCAAAUAUGUAGGUUGAUAUGUACAUGUGGGUGGUGAUUUUCAUUUUAUAGCAGAGCUCUUGGGAUUAUAUUGGUUAGGGUUGAUACGGUGUGUGAUAUUGAAAACGCCAUAUCAUGUACACUUUAUUAUGUAGAUUUUUUUUAUGUGACAUGACGUCAUACAGGUAAGGAGGUUUGAAAUGACAUCAUACAGAUUAUAGGUUUGACAUGACGUCAUACAGAUUAGGGGUUUUAUAAAGCCUUUGCAACAGUGACUGCAAUCGAUGACGUGACGUCAUACAUAUUAAAGGUGUGAUAAAGCCUUUGCAACCGUGCUGAUAUCGAUAUCAUCACGGGUAGCUGAUACAGCAUGCUUGCCAAUGAUUGUAUUACACAUACAAUUUAUCUGUAUUUACUACUAAGUAUAUAAUAAAAUAUUAUAUCAGUUUAAUAUGUAUGAAGAAGUGUUUUGGAAUUAAAAGUCACAUGUUACACAAGGUUAUUCAGAUUAAUAUUUUUCACACUUACACCAAUACACCUUAUCACUAUUUGUCAGCCAUUACUGGACAUCACGAAGGUUCCCGUAAAAUUUUGAUGUCACAAUAAAAAAUAUCUGACACCACAAUGGAAAAGUGAUUGUUGUAUGACGUCAAUAGGUCAAGAGGCGCAGAUUCUAAGGUCAAGCAGCGCAGAUUCCAAAAUAGCGAUAAGGUCUAUUAAAGAUAUAAAUUGUUUUGUAAAUUGCUUUGAAUAAACACUUUUUUCACACUUACACCAAUAUUAAAGAUGUAUAUUGUUUUAUAAAGUGCACCCUCGUUUGUAAAUGCCAUGAUUGGUUAAGUUUUCAUUAUAAGGUCCAUCUUGCACAUACUAUAAGCAUAAGGUCAACAAUAUUUAGUACAUGUAUACAGAAUGAAUGUCAGGUGGAAAUGUUUGUCUGACAGGGUUCAUCUGACUUUGACCUCUUAUAGUUGAUUUGUUUCCCUCGGUUUUAGUUUGUAACCAGGAUUUUUUUUCGCUUAAACGAUUUAUGACUAUUGAACAGUGGUAUACUACUUUUGCCUUUAUUUGACCUCAUUUUCAUUGUAUUGGUUAAAGUUAAGAUUUUAUGAUAAGGUUUGUUUCUCAGAUACUUUAAGUAAUGGGCCAACUAUAAUGGUUGUCUAGAAUGACUGUAAGGUGUACAUAUCUAUUUUGCAGGGUUUAUCUAACCUUGACCUUUCAUGGUUCAUUGAUAAUGUUAAGGUUCUUUUAACCUGAAUUUAGACCUUGAUCUUGAAGAUUUCAUACAAUAAAAUUCAAUCAUAUACUGUUAUGCAGGGCAUUCUUGUUAUAUUUAAUGCUAGGAGGUAUUACCAAUAUAUAAAUUUUUUAAAGGAUAAAAGAUAGACCCUUCGUGGUUUCCAUCACAUACAAUUUAUUAUCAUGAUACUUAACACAUAUCUCAUGAAUUAAAUUCAUAACAUAUCAUAUUAAAUCCAUAAUUUUUGUCUCGCCUCCAAUGAAUGUAGUGAAGCCCUUUAAAUUAUAACUCUUCAGAAACAUCAUUGCAAACGUUAAAUGUUAAGUUUUGUUAUCAAUUCUAGAAUAAGUGCUAAUAGUAGACCGGCGGGACUAUGACAAACGAUGACAUACUAUGAUGACGGACUUAAUGACAGACAGUUGUUUAUGUGGGGAAAUAUUUGAUAUACUUCUAAAACAAAAGCAAGCCUAUCUUCAUGAACAUUGAUUUUUAAGAAGAUACUUUGAAGCUUAGCAUGUUUGAAAUUUUCUAUUUUUAUAGCUAUUAGUAUUAUUACAUCGACCAAGAAAUUCCCUUUUCUUAAAGCUAUUACAUCGACAAAGAAAAUCCCUAUUCUUUAAGCUAUAAUUACAUGGACAAAGUAUCAAAAUGUGUCGGUAUGCUAAAUGACUUCUGUUAUUUUUAUUUUGUUUAUUCAAUAUAUACAUAUAAUAUUGACUUUUAAAUUGCUUUUUGAAAUUUUUAUUUAUAUUUCUGUAUGUAAUAAAUGUAUGUGAAUGUCUUUCCAAUAUUCUUUAUAUUUCUACAAGGUUGUUUAAUACAUGGUGUUGUUUUUUUUCAGAUGAAGUCAUCUUAUGCUAUUAUUUCUAUAAUGUUAUAUUUUUUAUUUGGGACCACCUUUAACAAGUUAUGGUAUGGAACCACUAAUUUGGGCCUAGUCAGAAAGAGCAUAUAAGAACGAGUACAUAUUUACAACAAAACAGUUCCCACAAAUUUGUUCAAUUUUAAAAUGUGUAAGAUAUUUAAGUAAUUUUGGUAUGAAAUGAAAGCUUUAGGACCUGGGAACACUUGCUGAAUAUUUGUUUUGAAAUUGAAACAGAAGUGCAUACUUUGCCUGUUUUUCAGAUCAAAAGUAACUGUUUUUACACUUCCAAACUUCCAAGAACCAGUGCUUUCUUAUAUGCAAUUAAAGUUAAAUUUAAUGUAAACAGCACAAGCUAGGUUAAGGUAUUGUUUUGACAUAAAUCACUGUCACUGUAUUUUGACUUCAAUGACUAUGAAUGCUGGAAAUUGCUGAAUUUGACAUAGAAAGCAAUGAGGCCAUGAAUUAGUGGUUUUAUUUCUGUUAGAAUUUUUUUUUUUCAUCACCACACACUUAUACUAUUACAUGUACUGGUAUUUGUAUAUUUGAAAUUUACUACUGCAACAAGUUUUUUUUUUUUUUUUUUAAUAAUAACAUGACCGUCAUUUAACAGAAGUUGCUACACAUAUUUACAGGUUUUAAUUUUAUUUAUUUAGUGUGUUAAAGGAUUGUCUGUAUGAUAAAUCAUAAUUCAUUUUAGACAAUUAGUGAAACAAGUGCUUACGAACAGGGUAUAUAGCCAUCACCGGUUUUGAUGAGUGAAUGAAAAUUUAAUAUUGUGCAAUUUUUAUGAUAAAUUUUGUACUAUUACUCAUACUUCCAUCAUUACAGGAAUGAUAUGUAGGUCCAAAAUGUAGUCAUAUUUUAAUCUUUGAAGGCAAUAAAAAAAGAAAAAUGUUUAAUUUAUUUAUAUGUCUUAUACUUAUGUAGCAGUUAAAGUUUCAGUCAACUUUGAUCCUAAAACAUUUUCAGGAUUCAAAUUUGAUAAUGAUAAAACCUCUUACAUUAAUGCAUUUAAUGCAUGAUAAGGUUGACAGGAAAAAGCACUAAUAAUACACAUAGUUGCUUUUAACUUUUUUGAAUAUUUAUUACUUCUCUACAGUGUAAAAUUGUCUGCACCAUAAAUAACUUUUACAAGUUCUCCAAUUUUUAGUGAAUUGCCAAAAUUAUGUAUUUCAAAUCUUAAUGUAUUUUUCAAUUACAAUUACAAUAAUUCAUUCUUUUUUCAUUAUAUUUAGGGCAUAUCUUAAAUUAGCUGCUGUGAAACUGCCAUGUUGUACAUUUAUAGAGACUUUCUACAUUUUUAUAUGUACAUCAUAGAUGGGACAUAUUAUGGUUAUACUAUUGUUCUUUCUGUCAAUGUAUCCAACAGUCUACAAUAUUAUACAAAAGCUAGAGAAUGCUUUAAUCAAAUCUGUGGAAGAAAGCUUUUUUAUUUUUUUUAUUUUUAAAAAUUGAAAUGAUUUGAAUGACUUAAAUUGAAAAUUCUUUGACAACAUUACUUUUGAUUUUGAGAAAAGAAGUGAAAACCAGAAGUUUCAAGUUGUUUAUAAAUUAUGAAUGAAUUCUGGAUUUACCAUGCAGGGUUUGUUCUAUUUAUCAAAUGGCAGAAAAUCAUUUGAAUUUUUAAUUUUAUUACAUUGUACUUAUAAUAAUCAUUUCAGUCUUUUCCAUUUUAGACUCAGUCAUGUCUAGCAAAUAUGACUGUUUCCAGACACUUGCUUUAUGCCUAAAGUAAUCCUCCUGCAAGUGUUUGUGCAUGACCAGUUUAUUGACCUAAAACUUAAUGCCUUCUACAAUAUUCCAUUUUACUCUUCCAACAAUUUCAAUAUGCAUACAAUGGGCGUUAUCUGGUGCUCUUGGAGCUGCUGUUUGUCAUUGUUGUGAAAUUGCUUAUGUAGCGAUUACUUUUAGUAAAUGGCAUUUUAUUCAAGAAUUUUACAACAAAUGAUGAGUAAAAAAUAGAUGAAAAUAAUAGUAGAAUUGUCUCUGUUGUUAGUAUUUUUUUUCAUUAAAAUUUUAUUUAUGAUAUUA